AAUAUUCAUGGUGGCAUGGUGGGAUUGGCUGCUGUGCAUGGAGCGGGGCUGACGGGCUAGAGGAGAGCACUGUGUGUUCUGAAGCAGCUCGCCCUCCCUUCGUAUAAAGGGAUGAGAGGAGGAAGAGAGAACAGACGAGUGUGACACUGUCGCUGUUCGCGCUCGGCUCACAGACGCCCACCGUACGACGCACGUCCCCGCCAUAGAGAAAGGGACUGCUCCACGUACCCUCCUGCCACAGCUCUGCCGAUGUUUUGGUCUAAAUGGAUGAGCAGAGCAAAGAGGAACGCGCGCUCACGGGUCUAGAUGAGGAGGCAAUAGUUGACCAUGGAAAGACCAGUUUCACCACUCUUUCAAACUAUGAGACAGAAGAUUUGGAAAGUCAUAGAGCAGUGUACGUAGGGGUCCACGUUCCACUCGGAAGAGGGAGCAAACGGCGCCACCGCCACAGAGAACGCAGACAUCACCGAAAGAAGAAGGACAGAGACUGUGAGGAAGGAAAGGAAGAUGGAAGAGAAUCCCCCACUUAUGACACACCUUCACAGAGGGUACAGUUCAUCCUAGGAACAGAGGACGAUGACCUUGAGCACAUCCCACAUGACCUCUUCACUGAGCUGGAUGAGCUGUCCUCCAGACAUGGCGGCGCAACUGAGUGGAGAGAGACCGCCAGAUGGCUGAAAUUUGAAGAGGAUGUGGAAGACGGUGGAGAGAGGUGGAGUAAGCCCUACGUGGCCACAUUAUCACUACACAGCUUAUUCGAACUACGCAGCUGCAUACUGAAUGGCACAGUCUUGCUGGAUAUGAGGGCCAACAGUAUUGAGGAAAUCGCAGACAUGGUCAUAGACAGCAUGGUGGCAUCCGGCCAACUGAAGGAAGAUUUGCGAGACAAGGUCCGGGAAGCAAUGCUGAAGAAGCACCACCACCAGAAUGAAAGGAAGCUCAGCAAUCGCAUCCCUCUGGUGCGCUCCAUUGCUGACAUAGGCAAGAAACAUUCUGACCCACUCUUGCUUGAAAGAAACGGAGAGGGCCUCUCGUCCUCCCGCCUCUCUCUCAACAAGACAGGGUCAGCCUCCUCCGUCUCCAACCUGUCCCAGAGACGAGAGUCGAGAGUCUCCGUUCUACUCAACCACCUCCUGCCCUCCUCCUCCUCCAAUACUGGGCUGUCUUCUGGCCCCUCUCCCCUCAGCACCCCUCAAAACACCCCUUCAUGUUUCCGCCGCUCCCAUCCAAAUCCGUCACAAAGCCGUGGCACGGGCCCUGGCCCCCAAGGCAUCCCGGAGGUGGUUGUGUCUCCUCCCGAGGAUGAUGAGCCGGCAAAUUCUGCAGAGGAGGACGCAGUAUCUCCACAGCUCACCCGGCGAAUGUCCUCGGCAUCCCAGAACCAUGAGCUGCUGCCCUUAGAAGGACCGAUGGUGUCUCCGCACUCACUCCCAAACAAUCUGGAUGGAAACAAGACGAUGGAGAGGAGGCCAUCCAAAGUAGGGGUCAGUAGAGAAAGCAGCAGUGUGGACUUCAGCAAGGUUGACAUGAAUUUCAUGAAAAAGAUUCCUCCUGGUGCCGAGGCUUCGAAUGUGCUUGUUGGAGAGGUGGAUUUUUUAGAGAAGCCCAUAAUUGCAUUUGUGCGGUUGUCGCCGGCAGUCCUUAUCACAGGGCUCACUGAGGUGCCAGUUCCCACAAGGUUUCUUUUUCUCCUCUUGGGUCCACACGGUAAAGGACCACAGUACCAUGAAAUUGGCAGAUCAAUGGCAACAUUAAUGACAGAUGAGAUUUUCCAUGAUGUGGCUUAUAAAGCCAAGGACCGGAUAGAUCUGCUUUCUGGAAUAGACGAGUUCCUUGAUCAGGUGACUGUCCUGCCCCCUGGUGAAUGGGACCCCACCAUCCGAAUCGAGCCGCCAAAGAAUGUCCCGUCUCAGUCAAAGAGGAAGGGACCAUCUCACCCUAAUGGUAAUGCACCUCCAGCUGGAGAGCUGGAAAAAGAUGAUGAUCACAAUGCAGGACCUGAGCUUCAAAGGACUGGGAGGAUUUUUGGAGGUUUGAUCCUGGAUGUGAAGCGGAAAGUGCCCUUCUACUGGAGUGACAUAAAGGAUUCGCUCAAUCUUCAGUGUCUAGCCUCUGUCCUUUUCCUCUACUGCGCCUGCAUGUCCCCUGUCAUCACAUUUGGAGGUCUGCUUGGAGAGGCGACGAAAGGCAACAUAAGUGCAAUAGAGUCCCUGUUUGGAGCCUCGCUGACGGGAGUGGCGUACUCACUCUUCUCAGGACAGCCUCUCACCAUUCUUGGCAGCACGGGGCCCGUUUUGGUGUUCGAAAAGAUCCUCUUCAAGUUCUGCAAGGAUUAUGGCCUGUCCUACCUGUCCCUGCGGACUAGCAUUGGUCUGUGGACGGCGUUCCUGUGCCUUUUGCUGGUAGCCACAGAUGCAAGCUCCCUGGUCUGCUACAUCACCCGUUUCACAGAGGAGGCCUUUGCAGCCCUCAUCUGCAUAAUCUUCAUCUAUGAGGCCCUUGAGAAGCUCUUUCACCUCGGAGAAUAUUACCCCGUCAAUAUGCAAAAUAAUUUAGACAAUCUGACUUUUUACUCGUGUCAGUGUUCGCCACCAGCCAACGCAUCCGAUCAGCUCUUGGAGCACUGGAACCGAACAGGUUAUGACAUCGCAGACUCCAUCCCCUGGAGCAGCUUUAAUGUUUCGAUGUGUAAAUAUCUCCACGGGGAAUUCGUGGGUCCUGCCUGUGGCCACCACGGUCCUUACAUUCCAGAUGUUCUUUUCUGGUCCAUUAUCCUCUUCUUCACCACCUUCUUUUUAUCGUCCUUCCUCAAGCAGUUUAAGACGGAUCGAUACUUCCCCACAAAGGUGCGUUCCACUAUCAGUGACUUUGCUGUGUUUCUAACCAUCAUGAUCAUGGUGGUGGUGGAUUAUCUGAUGGGCAUCCCGAGUCCUAAACUGCACGUCCCCGAUCGCUUUGAGCCAACAUCGAAGAACAGAGGCUGGCUGAUGGACCCAUUGGGAGAAAACCCCUGGUGGACACUGCUGGUGGCAGCAAUCCCUGCUUUACUCUGCACCAUCCUCAUCUUCAUGGACCAGCAGAUCACUGCAGUCAUCAUCAAUCGCAAAGAGCACAAACUGAAGAAAGGUUGUGGCUACCACCUGGAUCUGCUGAUCGUGGCAAUAAUGCUGGGGGUGUGCUCCAUCAUGGGCUUGCCGUGGUUCGUGGCUGCGACCGUCCUGUCCAUCUCCCAUGUCAACAGCCUGAAGGUGGAGUCUGGCUGCUCGGCGCCGGGAGAGCAGCCCAAGUUUCUGGGCAUCCGGGAGCAGCGGGUCACUGGAUUCCUGAUUUUUACCCUCAUGGGCUGCUCUGUUUUCAUGACCUCAGUGCUGAAGUUUAUCCCAAUGCCCGUUCUGUAUGGAGUCUUUCUCUACAUGGGUGCCUCUUCCCUUAAAGGUAUUCAGUUCUUCGACAGGAUCAAACUGUUCGGCAUGCCUGCAAAGCACCAGCCCGACCUGAUCUACCUGCGCUACGUGCCGCUGUGGAAGGUCCACGUGUUCACCUUAGUGCAGCUCACCUGUCUGGUGUUACUGUGGGUGAUAAAAGCCUCGGCAGCAGCCGUCGUAUUUCCCAUGAUGGUUUUGGCUCUUGUGUUCAUACGGAAGCUUCUAGACCUUAUGUUUACUAAGAGAGAGUUGAGCUGGCUGGAUGACCUGAUGCCAGAAAGCAAGAAGAAGACAGAGGAUGACAAGAAAAAGAAAGCCCGGGAAAAGCUGGAGGAAGAAUCCAGACUGGUGGAAGAAGAGGAGAGGAAACUGAAGGUCAGCUUUGAAGGCUCAAACCUGCUGAGCAUCCCAGUGAACUCGUUCUCAGGGAGUUCUGAUUCUGACGGCUUGGUUGUAAAUAUCUCUGAUGAAAUGGUCCAAACCGCAGUGUGGAAAGCAGUGAACUCGAGUGCCGAGUUCUGUGCCCAGCCUGUGAGGCGUUCAGGAAGCCAAGAGAAGGUGGCCUGUGUUAGAGUUGACGUCAGCCCAGAUUCCCCAGGAGAGGCCUCCACUACAGAGACCUUCCUGUGAUAGAGGAAGGCCCGUCUGCUCUCCUGAGCCCUCAACACGUCACUGCUCAGACGGUGCCUCGUCAACAAGGCAAAGAGCAAGACCGAACUGGAGCAGCACAACCCAUCUGCAGGGAAACACACGAGCUCCCACAGACGCAGAGUGCCCUACAUGUUCAGCACAUGUGCCAAGAUGCACGUCAUAUCAUCUAGAAGAAAUACAAAUAUAAUUCUGACCUUCACCGUUUAGGGGUUCUCUAAAUCUAGCCAGCUCUGCUCAACUAUUUGAACCACAGAUGCCAAAGGAAGGCACUUUCUACUGAAGCUCUGAGGGGAUUUUGCUUUCAUUCGUUGUUUAGUUUAAAUCCAGCUUUACUGUUGACGUUUUACCCAGUGGCAGUACUGGACGUGUUUUGUUUUACCUCAUUUCUUAUGGAACAACAGCUUCAAUAUAGAUCUUGACGAACAGAGAUGCACUAUGAACCGGAAUCAGGUGAUGUUCAGCUUAAAAUCAACCCUGACUGGUAACCGGCGGGUCAGAAACCCUACAAUUUGAUCUAUUUAAGAAUUUGUGAACGCACCAUGCCUAAGCACUGCCAGGUUGCAGUAACAACACUCGUUAACGUUAUUAAGUAGAAGACGCAAAGUUAGCCAAUUACAGUUUCAUUAAGUUCUUUAAAAAUAAAGCACAAAGGCUUAAAAGGCUUUUUUUAAACAGAAAAUACACCAUCUACAGAGAUGGCUUAGCUUAUCAUUCAGGGGAGAGCAAGACUUUCAGCAGAUAACAGGAUGGCUGACCAGAGUACAGCAGUGUCCUUUUGAGUUUACAGCAUCUGUCUGCCAUGGAAAAGGUAAGACUGUCUUCCAGGAAACACACAGGGAGACUGCAGUGUAGUGAUGCUAGCCAUGCUAACUGUGCUAAUAGCUAAUAUGAGACGCUAGCAACAGUUUAAAACAAGCUCCAUUUGUCUUGGUUUUACGGCGACGGCUCUCUUAAGAAUAUUUCAGUGUGGUUUUAAUGUCAUGGUUCUAGAAGAGAAAUUUGAAUCAGCUAAAAUCAGCAGAGAUCCAGGAACCAGACACAGAAUUCUGAUCCGCGCAUCUCUUGAUAAAAGCCAUCACAGUACGAUCCUCGACAUUGGAUUUUUAUUCUAAAGGCUGAGUCAGACUACCAGCGCAGCCCAACAUUACACUGUAAAGCCUUUGGAUUUACCCAGAGACCCUCUCUCCUGUCUGCUGGGGACAUGCAGUGUUUGAUAUUGGUGUUCUGAAGUUGGUCAGUGGGUUUCACCGUUCAGCCCACAGCUCAUAGUGGAUGUUAGUGUUUUAUCUGUGUGUGUACUGUACUCUUCAUCUGUAUUACUGUAGAAAAGAGGCCAUAUAAAGUCUGUACUAUACAGGAAGCACUUUGACUGUAAACUUUAUGACUUAAAGCAGAUUACUUUCUUUAAAUUCCUUUCCUAUACUUUUUUUUUUUUAGAGAUGUACAAAUACAAUUCAAGUGGUAAAUGAUUUUAGUCUCUUUUUUUUUGUCACAAGGCAGUGAUAACUUGUCCCCCGUUUUUCCUGUUGUCGCUGGCAUCAUAUAUAUUUUAAUAAGUAAUAAAAUAUAUCACGGUGCAAAAUAAAGAACGGAGUAUUUGUGGACCGCUGUUAUAGUUGCACUUGUUUUUAUACUGUCUGUAUUAUUGUGAAUAUUACUGUGUUGUAUGAAAAUGUCGAAGGUUUAAAAUGGUUUUAUGCAAAAUGUUUUUACUGUAAAUGUAAAAAAAACAAAAAACAAAACUGAUGUUGUAGGAAUUUGAUUUCAUUUUUGCAACGUGCAGUCCUGUUUUAGCAAUAAAUAUUCUCCACACUUGGAUGUCGGGAGAGCCGAACUCCUCAGAUAUUCUGCCCAAGAUAUUCCUGUGCAACAUUUUGUGCGUCUGCUUCACGGGCCCGGUGUGUAGCGACUCUGCAGACGGCGGCUAAUGGUGCCUUGUUGAUGCUCAAAGUGUUGUGUACUGGUCGGCGUGACGGCGCACAGAUUUCCAUCACGCAGCUGUGUCGCAGAGGCUUCUGUCCGUCGUUGUGUUGCUCCGUGUCUCUGUCCGGAACGCGGACUUCUGUCUGUUUUCCAUUUAAAGUGUAACUAAACGAUGUGUUUCUGUGUCACAAGUAUGGUUAUGUGCUCACCACCCAAAAUGAAAAAACAGCAAAAAAAACAAUAGGAAUAUUGAACUGAAGUUUAUUUAAAUAAUCAGUGAAUGUUAAAUUAUUGUGGUGUCAAUGUCAAAUAUAAAUGUGUAUAUUUACUUAUUUUGCAGAAAGUUACGCCAGUCGAGGACUUUCAGAGUUAUAGAGAUUAUGUAAAUGAUGAAAGACCCUAUUUUCAAAGUAUCACUGCUUCUCAGAAUGUAUGAAUCCGACUGAAAAGUCUCCUAACGAACGUGAUGUUUAACCACCUCAGUCACUUAGUGAGAACUGUGUUUCUGCUGAUGUACGCAUCAUCGGUGAUUCUGUUUGCUGACUUCUUCUGUCACAGCUGAAUUGUUGCAAAGCAAUAAAAUGAACUCUUGGGAAUUUA